AUGGGUGAUGCACCAACAACGAUAACAGAAUUAAGUCCAGCUUGUCCUAUUUACGCAUCAUUCUUCGGCUUUGCAGGGGUAGCCGCUGCAAUGGUAUUUAGCUCGAUCGGUGCUGCCUAUGGUACAGCAAAAGCAGGAAUUGGUAUUGCCGGAGCUGGUACAUUUCGACCAGACCUUAUCAUGAAGUCACUUUUACCGGUUGUUAUGGCUGGUAUUAUUGCCGUUUAUGGUCUCGUAAUGUCAGUUUUAAUAACAGGAGAUAUGUCACCACAUAAUAAUUAUUCUUUAUUUACUGGAUUUCUUCAUAUGGGAUCUGGACUUGGAGUUGGACUUUCCGGAUUAGCAGCAGGAUAUACUAUUGGCAUAGUUGGUGAUGCUUGCGUAAGAGCUCACGCACAACAACAAAAACUUUAUGUAACGAUGGUCUUGAUUUUAAUUUUUGCUGAAGUAUUAGGUCUUUAUGGUUUAAUUGUCGGAUUAAUUUUAAAUACUAGAGCAGAAAAUAAAUGUUAA